CUUCUUCUCGUCUCCCAACUCCACCCCCACCCGCCCUCCAUUGAAAACCUCUUUCUAGGGUUUUUCGAUCGGGGCGGCUUCUCCUCUCCAUCGAUCUCUCCUUCGACUUCUUCUUCGCUUCAGGAAGGCAAGCUGAUAAUUUUUUUUUAUUAGAGAUGGGCAAUGGUCCUGCUCCAUUUUCUGACAUUGGCAAGAAAGCGAAAGAUCUUUUAACGAAGGAUUAUAAUUUUGAUCAGAAGUUCACAUUUGCACUGUUGGGAAAUGCUGGGCUAGGACUUACUGCUACUGGUGUGAAAAUGGAUGAAGUCUUUAUUGGUGAUAUAAACACACAAUAUAAGAGUGGCAAAACAACAGUGGAUGUCAAAGUUGAUACCAAUUCUAAUGUUUCUACAACAGUUUCUUUCAACGAAUUUGUUCCUGGCGCAAAGACUUCAUUUAGCUUCAAGAUGCCUGACCAGAAGUCUGGCAAGCUUGAUGUGCAGUAUCUUCAUCACCAUGCAGCCAUCACCACUAGCAUUGGUUUGACGCCCACACCUUUACUGGAGUUGUCUGCAGCAAUUGGCAACAAAGAGGUUAGCAUUGGUGGUGAGAUUGGUUUUGAUAGUGCAUCUGCAUGCAUCACCAAAUACAAUACUGGGAUUGGAUACAACAAACAGGACUUUUCAGCUUCUCUGAUACUAGCGGAUAAAGGACAGACAUUGAGAGCUUCGUAUAUUCAUGUCGUCAAUCCAACCAAUGGAGCUACUGUCGCUGCUGAAUUAGUCCACAGGUUUAACACAUACGGAAACAGUUUCUGCAUUGGAAGCUCUCACUCGGUUGAUCCUCUGACAUUGUUGAAAACCCGGUUUAGCAACAACGGCAAAGUUUCGGUUCUUUGUCAGCAUGAAUGGAGACCUAAAUCACUCAUCACUCUCUCAGCUGAAUACGACUCGAAGGUUUAUCGGACACCUACAAAACUCGGUCUUGCCCUCGCCCUCAAACCUUGAAGUAUGUACUCCUUUUGCUCGAAUAAGGCCGUGUUUUGUGGGUUCAAAUUCUUUGAAAUCGAUCACACUUUUGAAAUCCCUUUGGUGGAUUUUUUCUCUUUUUUUUUUUUGGACAAGUCAUUGAGAGCCAAAACUCAAUUUUGAGAAAGUUCUUCCUAAAGCUAAAGGGAAGACCUUGUUAUAUUGUUUUACUGUACACCUUGAGCUAAGCUCACAAACUAACUUAAAUAUUGCAAGCACUGUCUUGUUAAUUAGGACUUUUUAUUUAAA